AUGUCAAUGCCCAGAGAACGUGGCAGACAUACCACGUCAACUGUAACAAGUUUGCACAAGAAAACACUACAAGAACACACAUUUAAUGAACACAGAUAUGCUGAAGAUGGGUCUUUAUGCAGCCUGGAGUCCAUGUACCUUGAGGAAGUGUCCAACAAGGCUCAGGUUGUGUCCUGUAUCUUCUCACUAAAGGAGGGAGUUGGGGCACUGGCUAAAACUCUGCGCUUAUUUGAGGAGAAAGGUAUCAACCUGACCCAUAUUGAAUCUCGUCCCUCCCGUCUCAAUAAAGAGGAUUAUGAGUUCUUCAUCAACGUGGACGCCACGUGCUCCAAGAAGCUGGACGAAGUCAUCGCGAGCCUCAAAACACAGAUCAGCGGGCAGGUGCAUAAACUGUCUCGCAGCAAGGCAAAGGACACAGUGCCAUGGUUCCCUAGGAAUAUUCAAGAUCUGGACAGAUUUGCCAACCAGAUCCUGAGCUAUGGUUCAGAACUGGACUGAGAUCACCCGGGGUUUACAGAUCCUGUGUACAGGGUGCGGCGGAAGGAAUUUGCUGACAUUGCCUACAACUACAGACAUGGCCAGGUUAUUCCAAAGGUCGAGUACACAAAGGAAGAGAAGGUCACCUGGGGCACAGUGUUCAGGGAGCUCAAGAUCCUCUAUCCCACUCAUGCCUGUCGGGAACACAACCGCAUUUUCCCUCUCCUGGAGAAAUACUGUGACUACCGGGAAGAUAACAUCCCACAGCUGGAGGACAUCUCCAGAUUUCUGCAGUCCUGCACAGGAUUCCGCUUGCGUCCCGUCGCUGGUCUGAUCUAUGAUAUUUGCCAUGAGCUGUUGGGCCAUGCUCCUCUAUUUGCUGAUCCAAGCUUUGCCCAGUUUUCGCAGCUGCGCUACAGCUCGGAGAUCCAGGAGGGAAGCGUCCGCUCUGCGGGAACUACUACCACGGAGCCCUUUAAGCGCAAGACGCAGCCUGUGAAGGCGAUUGCCCAGCCAGGACUUUUAGUGGGACUAACGCUCGUCAUUUUUUGUGGGUUUGUCUCUUUCCUGCAGGAAAUCGGACUGGCUUCUCUGGGUGCGCCAGAUGAGUACAUAGAAAAACUUGCAACGGUGUACUGGUUUACAGUUGAGUUUGGCCUGUGCAAACAGGGUUCGGAAAUUAAAGCGUAUGGAGCCGGCCUGCUUUCCUCUUUUGGAGAACUGCAGUAUUGCUUAACAAAUAAACCAGAGAUCCAGCCAUUUGAACCUGAAAAGACUGCCCUUCAGGCGUACCCUAUUACUGAGUUCCAGCCCGUUUACUUUGUUGCUGAAAGCUUUGAAGACGCCAAAGAAAAAGUCAGAAAAUUUGCUGCCAAUCCCUUCUCUGUUCGCUACAACCCUUAUACUCAUAGCAUUGAGGUCCUGGACAACAUGCAGCAGCUAAAGAACCUGGCUGACACCAUCAGUGGUGAAAUGGGAAUUCUGUCCAAUGCCCUUAAGAAAAUGGAAUAAGAAAUAAAAAGCAAUAUAGGGAGAUCUGCUACCAAGAACAUGUACAAACAUUGAAUUGCAUUUAGCUCUGCCAUGCUGCUGAAGUGUAUUAUGAAAUUAUGAAUUAUGUGUAUUGAAUUAUGUGCUUCAUUUUAGUUCAUUCAUGUAUAACCACAAAUUUAUUGUGUACUGUGAGUUACGCUAAUCAUAUCUUAAACCUAUAAGCUUUUAUAAACCUUUUCAGAUAUACUGCACUGCUUGCUUUUGUUUAGAUCUUUAAUGUGCUG